AUGAUCUCGUGUGCUGGGCGGUGAAGCCGGCAGGGAGAGGCCGGCAGAGGCCCGGCUCCAGUGGCUCCAGCUUCCCUCCUGCUCUGGCUCCCCCAGGGCUGCUCUGGAAAUCUCUCAGUGCCUGCUGUUGCCAUGCACUCGGCUGGGCCUCAGGGGGCCGAGUCCCCAAUGAGCAGGCAGGAGAAGGAUGCAGAGCUGGACAGGAGGAUCGUUGCCCUUCGCAAGAAGAACCAGGCCUUACUGCGCAGGUACCAGGAGAUCCAGGAAGACCGUCGGCAGGCAGAGCAGGGGGGCAUGGCUGGGACCACGCCGGAGCUCCUCCGUCCUGACGGCCUCACUGUCACCAUCAGCCAGGUUCCUGGAGGGAAGCGGGUGGUCAGCCGGAACUGGGCAAGGAGCGCCCUUGGACCUGGAGCAGCCAAUGAGAUGCUGGAAGAUGAGGAGGCAGAGGCCCACGCGGGCGCCUUCCGCGUGGGGGAGCGGGUGGAGCUGGCUGUGAUCAUGGAAAACAAAGCCGAGGCCAAGCGGAUCGUAAGUGAGAAGCCCACCAGAGCAAGGAGCCAGGGGGCAGAAGGGUCACCUGGAGGGGGCUUGGGCCGGAGCCCCUCCAUGCAGAUGGCCAUCAGCUCAGAUCCUGCCCGGAAGGGUGUCCGGGAGCCCCAGAGUCCAGGCCUGGUUCCAGGCCCAGCUCCCCGUCGGCCAGUGGGGGGGCCCCCGGAGGCGGGCUGGGACUACGCCCAGUGGAAGCAGGAGCGAGAGCAGAUCGACCUGGCCCGCCUGGCGCGGCACAGAGACGCACAGGGUGACUGGCGCCGCCCGUGGGACCUGGACAAGGCCAAGCCCACGCCACAGGACUCCAGCAAGCCUCGGGAAGAGGGCCCGGCCAGGGUGGGCAGCACGAGGGGCCCCAGGAGCCACCAAAAGCUACAGCCCCCACUGUUUCCCCCUGAUGGCAAAGGCGGUACUACUUGGGGUGGGCAACCCAGCAGACCUUUGGUGGCGCUGGCCACGCACAGCAAAGCCCGGGGGACAGAGAGGCUGACUGGCAGGGCCCGCAGGUGGGAAAUGAAGGGAGGCAAGAAGGAGCUGGAGAGCCAGGAGGGAAGCCCAAGCACCAGAAGGACUCCAGAUGAGAAGGAACAUGCGCAGACUCCAAGCAGGAUGGAGCCCGGCGGACCCAUGAGUGUCCCAGCAACCAGCCCAGCUCCAGCAUCAGCAUCACCAGAGGAGCCGAAAGGGGAGUCAGGAGCUUCAACAGCCAGUCCUGAGCCUGGCUCUCCACGAAACACGGACUUGCUUCCCCUCGACCUCUCUCUAGGAUGUGCCUGUAGCCCUGGGCCCGGGGAGAGCACAUGUGUGCUCAGUCCAAGGCCUGGGACCCAGGAGAGCCCUGUGUCCUGGCUGGAGGGUCACGAGCAGCCCCUGGGGUGGACCGAGCCCCAGGCUGAGCCAGAAGCCCAGACUUGUUGUGGGCCCCCAAAAGAGGCAGGGCCCCUGGAACCCAGAGAAGACAGGCCUGGCAAGGCAGGGGCCCAGCAGGUCCUGGCACCUCGAAGCAGACCCCCCAGAGGAGGCAGCCAAAGGGUGAGGGGCACAGGAGGUAUGAGGCGCAGGACAGGGGGUCCUGCCCCUGCAAGAAGAUGCUGA